UUGAGAACUUCCGGGCCGCAAAUCUUCACGUGUGUGUACGUUUUGACUAGACUGUGACUGUAAAUGUGAGAUUAGUUAACGUAAUCACCAUGACGUCAUCAGGGAACACCAUAGAUGAUGAGGACACGUUUAAGAUCCUCGUUGCCACAGAUAUUCACCUGGGUUAUCUGGAGAAGGACGCCGUCAGAGGCAACGACACGUUCCUGACGUUUGAUGAGAUCAUGAAGUGCGCGAAACAGAAUGACGUGGACCUGGUGUUGCUGGGUGGAGAUCUCUUCCAUGACAACAAGCCGUCGCGUAAAGCCCUGCACAGCUGCAUGGAGGUGAUGCGACGGUACUGCAUGGGCGAUAAACCCAUCCUGUUCGAGAUCAUCAGCGACCAGGCCGUCAACUUCGGCAACAGCAAGUUCCCGUGGGUAAAUUAUCAGGACGAGAACCUAAACGUUUCCAUCCCCAUAUUUAGCAUACACGGCAACCAUGACGACCCAACCGGGGCUGACGGUCUGUGUGCUCUGGAUGUGUUGAGUUGUGCUGGUCUCCUGAAUCACUUUGGACACGGACGCUCGGUGGAGAAGGUGGAGAUCAGUCCUGUACUCCUGCAGAAAGGGAGCACCAAGAUCGCCCUCUAUGGGCUGGGUUCAAUCCCGGACGAGCGGCUGUACCGGAUGUUCAUUAAUAACCAGGUGACGAUGCUCCGCCCCCGCGAGGACGAGAACGCCUGGUUCAAUCUGUUCGUCAUCCAUCAGAACAGGAGUAAACACGGUGCCACUAACUACAUCCCCGAGCAGUUUCUGGACGAUUUCCUGGACCUGGUGAUUUGGGGUCACGAGCACGAGUGUAAGAUCGCUCCGGUGCGAAACGAGCAGCAGCUGUUCUACAUCACGCAGCCGGGCAGCUCCGUCGUCACCUCGCUGUCCCCGGGGGAAGCUGUGAAAAAGCACAUCGGGUUACUCCGGGUGAAGGACAGGAAGAUGAACCUGCAGAAGAUCCCUCUACACACAGUGAGACAGUUCUAUAUCCAGGACGUGGUUCUGUCUGAUCACUCGGAUCUCUUCAGCCCUGAGAUUCCCAACGUCAUGCAGAAGGUGCAGGCGUUCUGUCAGCAGAAGGUUGAAGAGAUGUUGGAGGAGGCAGAAAGAGAGAGACUCGGAAACCCGCUGACUCCGGACAAACCUCUCAUGAGACUACGAGUGGACUACAGCGGAGGAUUCGAGUCGUUUAACACGAUGCGCUUCAGUCAGAAGUUUGUGGAUCGAGUCGCCAACCCUAAAGACAUCCUGCACUUCACACGGCACCGAGAGAGUAAAGACAACGUGAAAGAGGAGAAUAUAGACUUUGACUUGCUCCUGUCUCGGCCGUCCGCCGACGUCAUGCAGUUGCGAGUCGAGGAUCUCGUCAAGGAGUACUUUCAGACUGCAGAGAAGAACAUGCAGCUGUCCCUGCUGACGGAGCAGGGGAUGGGUAAAGCCGUGCAGGAGUUUGUGGAUAAAGAGGAACGAGACGCCAUCGAGGAGCUCAUCAACUACCAGCUGGAGAAAACGCAGCGCUUCCUGCGGGACCGGCACGUGGAGGCGACGGAGGAGAAGAUCGACGAGGAGAUUCGCCGCUUUAGAGACUCAAAAAAGAAUACAGCAGAGGAGGAUGAAGAAGUGCAAGAGGCGAUCACGCGGGCGAGAGCUCACAGAGACCGCCCCGAUGCUGCGAGAGACGACGAUUUCCAGCAGUUGGAGGAACCGGCUGCUGUCUGUAUGGACUCGGACGAGGACGACGCCCCCGUGCCACCGGUUCGAGGAAGAGGGCGGGGCUCCAGGGCGAGAGGAGGGAGGGGCCAAAGCAGUACAGGGAGAGGAAGAGCGCGAGGAGCUGGAUCUCAAGCAAGUAGAGGUGGGCGGGGCCAGAAACCUGCUUCAAGUCCUGCUAAAAACAAGUCGAUAAUGGAUGCGUUCCAGUCACAGAGAAGACCCAGAGCUUCCACGAGAUCCUACGAGGAGGUGACUAUAGAGGACAGCGACUCCGAAGAUGAUGUGUCUUUUCUCAGGACGUCUCGACCUACACAGAAAUCCUCCUCCUUAUCUUCGUCCAGUAGACGGGGCUCCCAGAGCCUCAGCCAAUCAACUAAAGGAGUCUGCUUUGAUGAAGACGAUGAUGAUGAUGAGUUUGACCCCUUUAACACGGCGGGUCGUCAGGGUAAAAGAUGAUGCGGUUCUCCCUCCUCCUGUGCUCUUCAUCAUCCCUCCAUCACUCUCUUAGUAUUUCUUCUCGUUUCACUUCACCUGACCGGGUUCGGUUUAGUGAGAGCGUCCUGCACUGACCAGCUGCUUCUGUUGGUCCAGAGUUCACUCUAAAGUGCACAUUAAGUGCACAGUUCAGUUUAAAUGCAGAUCUCUCAGCUUUGAGAUUUGUUUAAUCAGGGUUUAAUCAUUGUUUUCUCUCUCUCUUUCUCUCUCUGUGUUUAAUCUGCGUUCCUGGUUAUUCAUCCCCUCCGUGUCUCUCGCUGAUGUACUCUCCUCUUUCUCAGAACUGCUCUGAGUGCUCUGAGGGGGUGCAGAUGGAGCAGAGCGGAGGUCAGUAAGUUCCUCUUUCAGGACGUGUGAUGUGCUCAGUAAUGGUGUAAUCCAGCACUUGUUAAAUGGCUCCUGAUGAUGUCAGUGGUGGAGUUUCAGUCUGAGCUUUUGUUCUAAGUGUCCUGGAUUUCUCUCACUCGUUUUGUUCGUAUCUGAGCGAUGUUUGUGUUCUGAACCUGUUUCUCACUAAACUUUAUAUUUCCUAUUUCUCUCGUUAUGCCUCGUGUCUGUUUCCUGUAUUGGAAUUUUAUAUAAAUCCAUAAACAAUAAAAAAGUGUUUGCUCUUUCCUGA